CUGGCCUGCCGCUGCGGCCAUUGUGCGCCCCCCAUUGCGGCGGACACCGCUUUGGGCAUCUGUCCCUCCUGCAAAAAAGAACCGGAGAGGAGAAAGCCUGCAGCCGGGGCGGGAGGGGCCGACCCGAGGCCCUGGUUGGGCUCGAGGUCGCGAAUCCGGAGCACUCUGGAGGCGGUGAUUCUUAGUGCUCGGUCCCUGUCCGGGAUCCGCCCCGCGAGGCAGGAAUGGCCCCCAGGCCGCCCACCGCCGCGCCUCAGGAAUCGGUGACAUUCAAAGAUGUGGCUGUGGAUUUCACCCGGGAAGAAUGGCACCACGUGGACUCCUCCCAGAGAAGCUUGUACAGGGAUGUGAUGCUGGAGAACUAUAGCCACCUGGUUUCUCUUGGAUAUCAAGUUUCCAAACCAGAGGUGAUCUUCAAAUUGGAGCAAGGAGAAGAGCCAUGGAUAUCAGAGGGAGAAAUCCAAAGACCUUUCUGUCCAGACUGGAAGACAAGGCCAGAAACUAAAUCAUCAAGGCUGCAACACAGCACAUCUGAAGUAUUCCUUAGCACAGAUGAUUUCUCACAUAUCUCAUUACAAGAUGCCUGGAAUGUUAGUAGCCAGCUACAGAGGCACCAGGAAAAUUGGAGGAGAUAUCUUGGGCCAGAAGUAUCUACACAGAAGAAAAUAACCACCCCAGAGGAAAAUUUUGAGCAAAAUAAAUUUGGUGAAAACUCUAGAUUGAACAUAGAUUUGAUUCCACAACUGAAUAUUCCUUCAAGAAUAAGGCCUAGUGAAUAUGGAACACUUGGAAACAAUUUGGGACAUAAUUCAGACUUACUUAAUCAAAAUAAUAUCCUUGCAAAAAAGAAGCCCUAUAAAUGUAAUAAAUGUAGAAAAGCCUUUAUUCAUAGAUCAUCACUUACUAAACAUGAGAAAACUCAUAAAGGAGAAGACACGUUCCCUAAUGGUACAGGUCAGGGAAUUUAUCCUGGCAAGAAACACCAUGAAUGUACUGACUGUGGGAAAACUUUCCUCUGGAAGACACAGCUUACUGAGCAUCAGAGGAUUCACACUGGAGAAAAACCCUUUGAGUGUAAUGUGUGUGGAAAAGCCUUCAGGCAUAGCUCAUCCCUAGGUCAGCAUGAGAAUGCUCAUACGGGAGAGAAACCCUAUCAGUGCAGUCUCUGUGGGAAAGCCUUCCAACGCAGCUCCUCCCUUGUUCAGCAUCAGAGAAUUCACACUGGAGAAAAGCCCUAUCGAUGUAAUCUUUGUGGGAGAUCCUUUAGGCAUGGUACGUCCCUUACUCAACAUGAAGUCACACAUAGUGGAGAGAAGCCCUUCCAGUGUAAGGAAUGUGGGAAAGCUUUUAGUCGAUGUUCUUCACUUGUCCAACAUGAGAGGACUCACACUGGAGAGAAACCUUUUGAAUGUAGCAUAUGUGGAAGGGCUUUUGGUCAGAGCCCAUCCCUUUAUAAACAUAUGAGGAUUCAUAAAAGAGGCAAACCUUACCAAAACAAUAACUAUAGCCUAGAUUUUAAGCACAGUUCUCUUACUCAAGAUGAAAGUGCACUGUCUGAGGUAAAGUCCUACCAUUGUAAUGACUGUGGGGAAGACUUCAGUCACAUUACAGACUUUACUGACCAUCAGAGGAUUCAUACUGGAGAGAAUCCAUAUGAUUGUGAGCAGCCUUUUAAUCAACAAUUUAUUUCUCAUCCUGGAGAGAAACCCUAUCAAUGUAAUGUAUGUGGAAAGGCUUUCAAAAGGAGUACAAGUUUCAUAGAACAUCACAGGAUUCAUACAGGUGAGAAGCCCUAUGAAUGUAAUGAAUGUGGAGAGGCCUUCAGUCGACGCUCAUCACUUACCCAGCAUGAGAGAACCCAUACUGGAGAGAAACCCUAUGAAUGUAUUGACUGUGGAAAAGCUUUCAGUCAGAGUUCAUCCCUUAUUCAGCAUGAGAGAACUCAUACUGGAGAAAAGCCCUAUGAAUGUAAUGAAUGUGGGCGUGCAUUCCGGAAGAAAACCAACCUGCAUGAUCAUCAAAGAAUUCAUACUGGAGAAAAACCUUACUCUUGUAAAGAAUGUGGGAAGAAUUUUAGUCGAAGUUCAGCUCUUACUAAACACCAGAGAAUUCAUGCAAGAAAUAAACUGCAGGAACCCUAAAAUUAAAGAAUGUGUAGAAAAUACUGUUCCAGUUAAAUAUCAGGAUUCUUACUGGAGAGAAAUUCUGAGGAUAUAAUUAUGUGUGUUUGUAUGUUGUAUGUGGAGAAAAUUGUGCCACUGAACAAUUUUUAAUAAGUUAAAAUCCUCAUUCUUAUAUCUGAUUAUAGGCUUUUAUAAAAUGUACAGACAACAUAGGUAGCCAUUUGGAAAUGGCAUGCCUAUUUAUUGGCAUUUACAAAGCUUCCAAAUAUAGGUAUGCAGGAGAUCACCAACUUUUGACAACUUGAUGUGUAAGUCUCAGUCUACAGCCUUUU